GUUUCCCGUAACAGCUGGUGUCGGGGCGUAAUGACCUUUUGUCUCCGAGCUGUCAGGUACGGAGAGGGAGGCGGAGAUUCAGAAGGAGCCGCUUCAUAUCGGACUGGUCCCGGCGUCCCGGACAACAAAUGGCCGUGAACCGACAGAGAGGCAGAGUGUGAUCCAGGUUUCUCUGUUUCUCUCAGUGCGACUACAGUGAGAGCUGCCUCCAUGCCCACAUAGUAGGUUAGAGAGGGCAAGAAGCGCUCUUUAUCCUCACACUCAGUACAUUUCAUCCAUCUGGCAGAAUGAUGGGAGAGUCCUGUUGACACCACGGAGAGAUAUACGCUGAGACCGACUAUGGCUGUGGACGCGGCGUCCAGCUUCAGUUUUUGCCGUGCCUCCCUGGAGCACACGGUGUCUGCUGAGGAGCUGAGCUACCAGCUGCCGCGUCGCGCCGGAGGCAGCAACCUAACCUGGCAUGACGGCCGCGGCCAGAAGACAGCGCACACACGCACCGUCAAACUACUGCAGCAGCCCGGCACAGAGGGCAUUCAGUUGCGUCCGGGUGAAGCCUUCACUGUGUAUCACACCAGUCCUACUCUGUCCAGUCUGUCCAAACCUGUGGUGCUGUGGACUCAGCAGGACGUCUGCAAGUGGCUUAAGAAACACUGUCCACACAACUACCUGACUUAUGUAGAGGCCUUCUCCCAUCACGCCAUCACAGGGCGGGCAUUGCUGCGUUUGAACGGGGAGAAGCUGGAGAGGAUGGGAAUCGUCCAGGAGACGCUGAGGCAGGAGGUCCUCCAACAAGUCCUCCAACUGCAAGUCAGAGAAGAGGUCCGCAACCUGCAGCUCCUUAGUAGAACCUCCUUUGGAAACUUCUCUUAGCUCAUCCCUGGAUCCAUUUGGCAGCCCUUUCCCCUCAUCCUCUGUCACAAUGCAUCUCUAGGAGCCAUGGAGGAGCUGCUGUCUUCAGAUAUGUGAGCGGAGAAUCAAUGAGUGAAAGGGGGAGAGGACAGGCCUAUAGACCACAUGCCAACCAGUCUGGAGGAUUCUCAUUCAACACGGCCAAUCUGGUUUACAGACAGAGACAAAGCCCCGCUCAAGGCAGGGGUACCCACUGUAACAUAGUGAUAAGAUGUAAGAUUCACGCAAGUCAUGAUGUAGGCCUGUCACUGGUAUAUGCUUGAUUACAGAAAAUCUCCUUUUUGGUUUCCUUUCUCAUUUGGAUCCAUCUUACUGGCAAUUUGGCCAGAACCUUGGUGAAAAACCACACUCGGGUUUAUUUUUGACACAUGCUUUACGUGUGCACAAACAGGAUUCACAGUUUUCCCUCUCUUUUCUGGUUAAGGUCAUUACAUGAAUGACUCUUUGUUAUGGUUUUUAAUCCCCUUAACCUUCGAACCCGGUGAUGCUGAAAACAUGUAGAGGAUGGUUAAUAUUGUGGUGUAAACAUAAAUUUACAUGCAGCGCCACAGUUCUGCCACAGGAUCUAAAGCGAAGGAAACCUCCUGUUGAUCUCCAUCUCCCUUUGAAGUUACAACACCGAGCCUGCUCAUAAGGAAUUUGAGCUGGUCUUAAUGCAUUAGACUAAUGUCAAUACAAUCCUAAUCAAAUCCUCACCCACAAUUUUCACUGAAUUUCCGUCUCAGGACAUGAAUUUUGGUAGUGUAGGUUUGGAGGAUCAACAAUAACACAUUAAGCCGAAUGCCAUUCCAAAAAUCAAUCUUUUUGUAUUGUGACUGAUUUGCAGUAUGUCAGUGAGAAAUUAGAAAUAUAUACAGUAUGAGCAUUGUAGAAUAACGUACACGAUGAAUCUGUGUAUACUGUAACAGUACCAAGGUCUUUUAUUAAUGGUGUGCAACCUGAGGAAACAGAGUUAAUGUGAUCAAUGACUGUCUAUGCUUUUUAUAAAGCAAUAAUUUAAAUGAUAAAUGGUGGAGAGGUGUAGCACUGUAUGGGAUGCAUAUUAAGAAUUAUUUUUAAUGAGUUGAAAUGCAAGAGUGAGUGUCUGCUGAGGGAAAUAUACAUUUUGCCUGUUACAGUGGCAGCAUUUACCAGUCUCAUAGCUUCUACCCUUUGUGUCACACACAAAUACUAAGAAAAAGGACAUGUCUCUGUUGUAUUUUCUGUCCCUGGUGCGACAGUGUGAUUUCAAAUGCUCAGAAAUCAAGAUGCAAUGACAGCUACCCAGAUGCAUUCCCAGCGCGACUGAAGCGAGCACCUUUCAUGUCACUCUAGACAGCAGCAGACCGCCAUAUAUGAUGAUGAUGUUUAAGUCACAUAAAUAUAUACGUUAAAAUAAAAUAAAUUCUCAACAAACAAAAACAUCCCAUCCCAUUAUCACUCCAUCUGUCCUUCGACAAGGAGUUUUUGGGUAAUAUAAGUAUUUGACUGUUAAAAGGGAGGACAAAACACACUGUAUUAUUUUUGAUUACCUGAUGUACUAUAUAGAUAUGUACUAUGUAAAUAUUAACACUUUUGGUUUACUUUGUCAGAUGACUGAUGAACUGUUUGAAAUGCAAAAAAAACGGGGAAAUGAAACACUUUUCUGCUUUACAGAUAUAAAGUCAUAUGGGAUGGAAUGUGAUGAAAGCUGUCUUUUUAGAAUAAAGUAAUUGAGAUUGUUGGUCCUGA